CAGGAGCUGUAGCCGCCGCAGCCGCCGCCGCGGGGCGAGGUCGCCGCCAUGGCCCGCUGGAUCCCGACCAAGCGGCAGAAGUAUGGGGUUGCAAUCUAUAACUACAACGCCUCUCAAGAUGUGGAGCUGUCCUUGCAGGUUGGAGACACAGUUCACAUCCUGGAGAUGUACGAGGGUUGGUACAGAGGAUACACCCUCCAAAAUAAAUCCAAAAAGGGUAUUUUCCCUGAAACGUACAUCCAUUUGAAAGAGGCCACUGUGGAAGACCGCGGGCAGAAUGAGACCGUGAUUCCUGGGGAGCUCCCCCUGGUGCAAGAGCUUACCUCCACGCUGCGGGAAUGGGCUGUCAUCUGGCGCAAGCUGUAUGUGAACAACAAGGUCACGCUCUUCCGCCAGCUGCAGCAGAUGACAUACAACCUGAUAGAGUGGCGGUCCCAGAUCCUGUCUGGCACCCUUCCCAAAGAUGAACUGGCAGAGCUCAAGAAGAAGGUCACAGCCAAGAUUGAUCAUGGGAACAGAAUGCUGGGGUUGGAUCUGGUCGUGCGGGAUGACAAUGGGAACAUUUUGGAUCCAGAUGAAACCAGCACCAUUGCCCUCUUCAAGGCCCAUGAAAUGGCCUCAAAGAGGAUUGAGGAAAAGAUCCAAGAGGAGAAGUCCAUUCUACAGAACCUGGAUCUGCGGGGCCAGUCCAUCUUCAGUGCCGUCCACACCUAUGGCCUCUUCGUGAACUUCAAGAACUUUGUCUGCAACAUCGGGGAAGAUGCAGAGCUGUUCAUGGCCCUCUAUGACCCGGACCAGUCCAAGUUCAUCAGUGAAAACUACCUAAUUCGUUGGGGCAGUAAUGGAAUGCCCAAGGAAAUCGAGAAGCUCAAUAACCUUCAAGCGGUCUUUACUGACCUCAGCAGCACAGACCUCAUCCGGCCCCGCAUCAGCCUCGUGUGCCAGAUUGUCCGGGUCGGCCACAUGGAGCUGAAAGAGGGCAAGAAGCACACCUGUGGACUCCGGAGACCCUUUGGAGUAGCAGUGAUGGAUAUUACUGAUAUUGUUCAUGGCAAGGUGGAUGAUGAAGAAAAGCAGCAUUUUAUUCCCUUUCAACAAAUUGCCAUGGAAACGUAUAUCCGACAGAGGCAGCUGAUCAUGUCACCCCUGAUAACAUCCCACGUGAUCGGGGAGAAUGAGCCACUCACCUCAAUCUUGAAUAAAGUGAUAGCAACCAAAGAAGUGAAUCACAAAGGACAAGGACUUUGGGUGUCCUUGAAGCUGUUGCCAGGAGAUCUCACACAAGUUCAGAAAAAUUUUUCACACUUGAUUGAUCGAUCCACAGCUAUCGCACGGAAGAUGGGCUUUCCUGAGAUAAUCCUUCCAGGAGAUGUUCGGAAUGAUAUUUAUGUCACCCUGAUCCAUGGGGAGUUUGACAAGGGGAAAAAGAAGACACCAAAGAACGUGGAGGUGACCAUGUCUGUACAUGACGAGGAGGGCAGGCUCUUGGAGAAAGCAAUUCAUCCUGGUGCUGGAUAUGAAGGCAUUUCUGAGUACAAAUCAGUGGUGUAUUACCAAGUCAAGCAGCCCUGUUGGUAUGAGACCGUCAAGGUGUCCAUUGCUAUAGAAGAAGUUACUCGCUGCCAUAUAAGAUUUACCUUCCGACACCGGUCGUCUCAGGAAUCCAGAGAUAAAUCGGAGCGAGCCUUUGGCGUGUCCUUUGUGAAGCUGAUGAACAUAAAUGGCACCACUCUGCAGGACGGGAGGCACGAUCUGGUGGUGUAUAAGGGUGACAACAAGAAGAUGGAAGAUGCUAAAUUCUACCUGACCUUGCCUGGUACCAAGGUGGAGAUGGAAGAAAAGGAGCUCCAAGCAUCUAAAAACACAGCCAACUUUGCAGCAGCCAAAGACAGCACAAAAGACAGCUUUCAGAUUGCCACCCUCAUAUGUUCCACGAAGCUCACCCAGAAUGUUGACCUGUUAGGCUUGUUAAAUUGGCGCUCAAGCCCUCAGAAUAUUAAACACAACUUGAAGAAGUUAAUGGAAGUGGAUGGAGGAGAGAUUGUGAAGUUUUUGCAAGAUACACUAGAUGCACUUUUUAACAUCAUGAUGGAAAUGUCAGAUGAUGAAACAUAUGACUUCCUCGUGUUUGAUGCACUGGUGUUUAUUAUUUCACUGAUAGGAGACAUCAAGUUCCAGCAUUUCAACCCUGUUCUCGAGACCUACAUUUACAAGCACUUCAGCGCCACUCUGGCCUACGUGAAGCUCUCCAAGGUACUGAACUUCUACGUGGCAAAUGCAGAUGAUUCCAGCAAGACAGAAUUGCUUUUUGCUGCUUUGAAAGCCUUAAAGUACUUGUUUAGGUUCAUCAUCCAAUCUAGAGUACUCUACUUGAGAUUUUAUGGCCAAAGUGAAGAUGGAGAUGAAUUUAGUAAUUCAAUCCGCCAGUUAUUUCUUUCUUUCAAUUCACUGAUGGACAGGCCUAUGGAAGAAGCUGUCAAGAUCAAGGGGGCAGCCUUGAAGUACCUUCCUAGCAUCAUUAAUGAUGUCAAACUUGUGUUCGAUCCUAUUGAACUCAGUGUACUCUUCUGCAAAUUCAUCCAGAGCAUCCCUGACAACCACUUAGUUCGCCAGAAACUGAACUGCAUGACCAAGAUAGUAGAGAGCAAUCUUUUCCAGCAGUCGGAGUGCAGGGAUGUGCUGCUGGCUCUGCUGAUAGACCAGCUCAGCGGCCAGUUGGAUGACAACUCCAGCAAGCCUGACCACGAGGCCAGCUCACAGCUUCUCAGCUACCUCCUGGAGGUUCUGGACAGGAAGGAUGUGGGCCCCACGGCGAAGCACAUACAGCUGGUAAUGGAACGGCUGCUGAGAAGGAUCAACCGGACCGUGAUUGGGAUGAGCCGACAGUCUCCCCAUAUUGGGAGUUUUGUUGCUUGCAUGAUUGCCGUCCUGCAGCAGAUGGAUGACAGCCACUACAGCCACUACAUCAGCACUUUCAAAACCAGACAAGACAUCGUUGACUUCCUCAUGGAAACUUUUAUCAUGUUUAAGGAUCUGAUUGGAAAAAACAUCUACGCUAAAGACUGGAUGGUCAUGAAUAUGACACAGAACAGGGUUUUCCUCCGUGCCAUAAAUCAGUUUGCUGAGGUUCUCACCAGAUUCUUCAUGGAUCAGGCAAGCUUUGAACUUCAGCUCUGGAACAAUUACUUCCAUUUGGCAGUAGCAUUUCUCACCCAUGAGUCCCUUCAACUUGAAACCUUCUCAGAAGCCAAGCGCAACAAAAUUGUAAAAAAAUACGGGGACAUGAGAAAGGAGAUCGGCUUUAGGAUCCGGGACAUGUGGUAUAACCUGGGUCCCCAUAAAAUCAAAUUCAUCCCAUCCAUGGUGGGUCCCAUUCUGGAAGUCACAUUAACCCCCGAAGUAGAGCUUCGGAAAGCCACCAUCCCCAUUUUCUUUGAUAUGAUGCAGUGUGAGUUCAAUUUCAGUGGAAACGGCAAUUUCCAUAUGUUUGAGAAUGAGUUGAUCACAAAGCUGGACCAGGAAGUAGAAGGGGGCAGAGGAGACGAACAAUACAAGGUCCUUCUGGAAAAACUGCUCCUAGAGCAUUGCCGGAAACAUAAAUACCUCUCCGGUUCCGGAGAAGUAUUCGCGCUCCUGGUCAGCAGCCUCUUAGAGAAUCUGCUGGACUACAGAACGAUUGUCAUGCAUGACGAGAGCAAGGAGAACCGCAUGAGCUGUACUGUGAAUGUGCUGAAUUUUUACAAAGAAAAGAAGAGAGAGGACAUCUACAUAAGGUACUUGUACAAGCUGCGAGACUUGCACCGGGACUGCGAGAACUACACUGAAGCUGCCUACACACUCCUCUUACAUGCCGAGCUCCUGCAGUGGUCUGACAAGCCCUGUGUGCCCCAUUUGCUUCAGAGGGACAGUUACUACGUGUACACCCAGCAAGAGCUUAAAGAGAAGCUAUAUCAAGAAAUCAUAUCAUAUUUUGACAAAGGCAAGAUGUGGGAGAAGGCAAUUAAGCUGAGCAAAGAGUUGGCGGAGACGUACGAGAGCAAAGUUUUUGACUAUGAGGGCCUGGGCGAUCUCCUGAAAAAAAGAGCCUCGUUUUAUGAGAACAUCAUUAAGGCCAUGAGGCCUCAGCCCGAAUACUUUGCUGUUGGCUACUACGGACAGGGCUUCCCUUCUUUCCUGCGGAACAAGAUCUUCAUCUACCGGGGGAAGGAAUAUGAAAGGCGAGAAGACUUCAGCCUGCGGCUGCUGACCCAGUUUCCCAAUGCCGAGAAGAUGAGCAGCACCACCCCCCCAGGGGAUGAUAUCAAGUCUUCUCCCAAGCAGUACUUGCAGUGCUUCACUGUCAAGCCAGUGAUGAACCUUCCACCCAACUACAAGGAUAAACCAGUUCCAGAGCAGAUCUUAAACUACUACAGAGCCAAUGAAGUACAGCAGUUCAGGUAUUCUCGGCCAUUCCGGAAAGGAGAAAAGGAUCCUGACAAUGAGUUUGCUACCAUGUGGAUUGAAAGGACCACAUAUACGACUGCCUAUACCUUCCCUGGGAUCCUCAAGUGGUUUGAAGUCAAACAGAUCUCAAUAGAGGAAAUCAGCCCCCUGGAGAAUGCCAUCGAAACCAUGGAGCUCACCAAUGAGAAGAUCAGCAACUGUGUCCAGCAGCAUGCCUGGGACCGGUCCCUCCCUGUGCAUCCCCUCUCCAUGCUGCUCAAUGGCAUUGUGGACCCGGCUGUCAUGGGGGGCUUCUCUAACUAUGAGAAGGCAUUUUUUACAGAUAAGUACUUGCAGGAGCAUCCUGAAGACCUGGAGAAGAUUGAGCUGCUAAAGCGACUAAUAGCAUUGCAGAUGCCUCUGCUGACAGAGGGGAUCCGCAUCCAUGGGGAGAAGCUGACGGAGCAACUGAAGCCACUGCAUGACCGGUUGUCUUCCUGCUUCCGGGAACUCAAGGAGAAAGUGGAAAAGCGCUAUGGGGUCAUAACACUGCCGCCCAACUUGACCGACCGGAAGCAAAGCCGAACAGGGUCUAUGAUGGUCCCCUACAUCAUGUCGUCCACACUGCGGAGAUUGUCCGUCACCUCAGUGGCUUCCUCUGUGAUCUCCACCUCUUCUAACUCAUCUGAUAACGCUCCUUCCAGACCAGGAUCUGAUGGGUCCAUCCUGGAGCCACUAUUGGAGCGCAGGGCCUCGUCAGGGGCCAGAGUGGAAGAUCUGUCCCUCAAAGAGGAGAGCGAGACUCGGAUGAGCAAGUUCAAGAUUAAAGACUGGAGUCUGAGCAAGUCCCAGGCCACCGCGGAGAAAGUGCCAGAACCUGAUCUGAUGAGCCCAACCAAGAAAUCACAGAGACCCAAGAGUCUCCAGCUGUCAGACAGUCGGCUGACACCAGUUCCUGGCGCUUCACCUCCACAGUCAACACCCCUGAGCCCACCCCAACUCACUCCUAAAGCGACCAGGGCCCUGAGCUCCCCAUCAUUGCAGACAGAUGGACCGACUACGGCUAAUGUCCCACCACCCCCUCCCCCCAAAAGCAAGCCCUAUGAGAGCAGCCAGAGGAACUCCACAGAGAUUGCACCCCCACUGCCUGUCCGAAGAGAAGCCAUAGUCCCACCCCCUCCACCUCCAAAAGUACGGAAAUCCGGCAUCCUUUCUUUUGAGCCUGGAUCCCAGUAAGGAUCUUAUCCUCUCUCUGGAGCUCUGAGCACCUGGACCACGGAUGCCUGGGAAUUGGCCUUGGAGAAGCAGGGUCCUCAUUGCCCAGGGUCCCUGCUGGCCUCCUUUCCUGAUCUGGAACUGAGGUUCACCGGCUCAACACUGGUUUCGUCUUUUCAAAAGCCUCUUUUUGAUCCAUGCCUGAGGCCCUUCCAUUUCUCUUCCCACCGAUGUGGAAUUCCAUAGUUGGCCACUUCCUGUGUUUCUCCCUCACCACUAUUACAUUUCAGCCUCCAGCACAGGACCACCAGGGUCUCCAGGACCUGGAUAAGUUCUUCGUUGGUGCUGGUGGUGGGAAAAUCCUCACAAACCUACUCCUUAGAGGAAUUUUCUGCUUUGCUUCUGAAAAGCUGUACUUAAGACAUUGUUUUCUCAUGGACACACCCUGUGAUAUAACCUAUUGGAAGAGACCAACAUCAAGUACUUUGGUAGCCAAAAUAAUCUAUCUUUCUGAGGUUUCCCUGUGGUGUUUUUUUUUUUUUUUUUUUGUGGGAAAGAACAUCUUUUUCAUGGAGAUUGGCUGCUUUCAAGUAGGAAUGGCUAUCAUUGUUGAAAGAACGUGGACUCAACUGUGAGCCCUGAACGCCUCUGUUUCCCCCACCCCCACCCCAACCCACCUAAACUGCCCCCCUCCACCUUCCCAGGAGUUCCCCACACUCCCGACUAACGGUCCUCUCCCCUUCCUACCACAGACUCCCAAGGCUCUGACUUUUGCACAGUUUCUUCUAUUACCUCGGAGCUCAGAUCACUGGAUAUAAGGGACUUAGAAGCCUGGAUUGAACUGCUUUGCUUCGAGAUCUCAUUGGAAUGGUUUGGU